AGGCUGACGCACCUCACAAAUAUUUAAUCACAGGACUAGACGGAAGGUCGAUAUAACAGGGAGGCCAUGUUGGAUUUUCAGUGAACUCCUCAUGUGACCCCGGACAUCAGAAAUGGACCCGUUCCGCAGAGCCCAGAUUAUCCUAUUGUGUGACCUCUGUAAAACUGCCCACCUACAGAGUCACUGUGAACGUUGUGAUAUAAAUCUAUGCCAGACCUGUGUUGGGAAGCACCUCUCGGAUUCGUCUAUAAGACACAAAGUCGUGCUCUAUAAAUACAGAAAAUCUCUUAACUACUCAACAUGUCCAGACCACGUCGACGAACUCUGUAAAAAUUACUGUGAGAAAUGUGACCUUCCUGUCUGUUCUACCUGCGUCUCCUCAAGUAAACACAAAGAUCACGAUAUGUCAGAUAUUCUGGAAAAACUCAGCGCUAAAACAGAAAGUUUACAGAAAGAUCUGGACGAACUCGAGAGCAGAAUUUACCCGCGAUAUGAAGAAAUGGCGUCCGGUGUACAAACUGAGAAAGCCGAGUUAGAAACGAAUUACGGGAAACUGACAACAAUUGCCGAUCAACAAGGAGAAAUCUUACACUGGGAGAUCACCGCCAUUGUCAACCAGCGGAAAUCCGACAUUCAGGAGAUGAAAAUCAAACACCUAUCUACCCUGAAUAAAAAUACAAAUGAAAUCACACAGAAAAUGGCGGAACUCAAACAGAUCAUGUCCGACUUGAAAUCAAUCCUAAAAUCAAAUGACGUCUCCUUAACCUCUACUUACAAAUCUAGGAAUUCCGAAUUUAGAACAUUACCGCCUAAAGUCCGAGUUACAGUACCCAGUUUCUCUCCUCAGAAAAUAAACAAAGAUCAGCUCAAUGAAAUGUUUGGUUCUCUGCCGCCAUUAUCCAUUAACACAGAACAUGGCGACACAAUGAAGUCAUCAGAAGCUGUAUCGUCUCCUCCAGUCAAACCACUGCUUGAUGAGCCGCGCGUCACCGCCGCCAUAGACACUGGGUAUAGGUAUAGACAACUAUUCAGUGUUAGCUGUCUGAGUGAAGAUCAAGUCUGGACAUGCGGGGAGAGCAAAACCAUGAAGCUGCUCAACCUCCAGAGUGAACUACUGACAUCAAUACAAACCAAGUCAGGGAACAAACCACACGACAUAGCAGUGACACGGGACGGAGAUCUUGUUUAUACUGACUAUAUAGAUAACACUAUAAACUUAAUUAAGAAUAAACAGAUACAGACCGUGAUCAGACUACAGGGGUGGAGACCUCUCUAUGUCUGCUGUACCGCGGGUAACGACCUCCUGGUUAUCAUGGACAGUGAUGAUUGGAAACAAUCCAAAGUCGUGCGUUACUCCGGCUCCACAGAGAAACAAAGCAUUCAGUUUGAUGAUCAGGGGCGUCCUCUCUAUAAAUCUGGUGACAGUAAAUACCUCAGUGAGAACAAGAACCUGGAUAUCUGUGUGGCUGACUGUUUAGCUAGUGCAGUAGUGGUGGUCAAUCAGUCAGGAAAACUCCGAUUUAGAUACACUGGUCAUCCCUCUAAUACCAAGCAAUCAUUUGAUCCAGCCGGCAUCACUACAGACAGCCAGAGUCACAUCCUGACAGCAGACACUGACAAUCACCGUAUCCACAUCCUAGAUCAGGACGGACAGUUCCUCCGUUACAUUCACUGUGAUUUAGAAGAUCCAUUCGGUUUAUGUGUGGACAUCAGAGACAACCUCUUUGUGGCUGAGUUUGACACUGCUAAAGUGAAGAAAAUCCAAUAUCUAUAAACACAGUGUUAAUUACACAGCUCUACAGUGUUAAUUACACAGCUCUACACAGUGUUAAUUACAUGUCUGAAACAUGUUCAUUAAAUAUCUUUACAGUGUGUGUUAAUUGCAACAUCAUGUUAAUUGCAUCACUUGUUAAUUUCAACCCUGUGUUAAUUACAACCCUGUGUUAAUUACAGCCCCUUGUUUGUGAUGUGUAAUUAACAUGUACUUCUGCUAGCAAGUUUACUGAAAAUAAGUCAUUCACUGGUGUUUAGUAAAACCUGUAUUGUGUUUAGUAAAACAUCAUUAAUCUUAGUAUACUAAUUACUGAUCCAAAUGUGUUACUAGUUAAUUAUCUAUUUAUUUACAAUCUUUUGUGGACUAAUUUGACUGUUAGUAGUUAUCUAUAUACAAUCUUUGGUGGACUAAUUUGACUGUGUUACUAGUUAUCUAUAUACAAUCUUUUGUGGACUAAUUUGACUGUGUUACUAGUUAUCUAUAUACAAUCUUUUGUGGACUAAUUUGACUGUGUUACUAGUUAUCUAUAUACAAUCUUUUGUGGACUAAUUUGACUGUGUUACUAGUUAUCUAUAUACAAUCUUUUUUGGACUGAUUUAACUGUGUUACUACAGUACCCGCAACGUUAUUCUUGACAUUCCUAUCGUGCUCUAUCGUGUGUAUAUCCUAUCGUAUCGUGUAUCAGGUUUUCCGUUUUCUAUCGUGUUUUGCGUUUAUCAGGUUUAUCGUGUAUCGUAUUUUGCGUGUAUCAGGUUUUCCGUUUAUCGUGAAAUCGUUUAUCGUGUAGCUUCGGAAACUGUCGGGAUCGUAUAUAAAAUCUAAUGAAAAAGUACGAUACUUUCCGAAACCUUUAUUCGUUUUGUUAAAGAAGCUAUUUUUAGGAAUCGAGGAAAGACGGUAUAUUUGAAGGAGAACAUAAAGUUGUCGAUUUUAAGGCAGAAGAAGAGCUAUUUGUCUGUCCAGAGAGAGAGUGAAAAUUUAUCACAAUUUAAUUCUAAGUAGUCUGGAAAGUAGGACAGUAAACCGAGCACAGUAAAUCUGAAAGCUCCUUCAUCUGAAGUUCAUAAACAUUUGUUGGCUAGAAACAAUUAUUUGUAAUUAACACUAACAGAAAAAUAGGGAGUUCCGAUUUGAAAGGAAAAAUCAGUAAAUUACAUUGUUUAUCACAUACAUGUAUAUUUUAAUAAUGGUUCUUUUUCUUCCGAUUUUUUUUCACCUGUAUGCUACUUAUAUAGCAACUGCUGAACUUGUGCGCGUCCUUAUAUCUGAUUUUGUGUAUCACUACUAAUUGAACAUUUUUCUUUUUGUUAAUUAUGUAUUUCAAUAUGUGUUAUAAAUUUCAAUGUAUAUAUUAGAUAAACAUGAUACAGAG